UAGAGGCAAACAGAAGAGAGGAGAUGGUGGAAGAGGAAAGAAGGGAAUUCCUUGAAAAUUACAAGAGGGGUGACUUAGAGGAGGAGGAGGAAAAGGAAGAAGACAAGGAGGACAUUCUCCCACCUGAUAAAAGUAUCCGAAGGAGAGCUGUGGGCUGGAUAAAUAAGAAGUGGGAGAAGAGGAACCUCAAGAAGAUCGAGAGAACCUAUCAGAGAGAAGCUGAGGAGGGCUAUAAGAUCGUCCACAUAGCCAUCCCUGGACACACAAGGCUAACAGCCACCAUGACACGGGCAGAGAGAGAGAGGGAGAAGAGGAAGGAGCUGCUGAAGGCUGAGAAGAGAAGGAAGAAGAUGGAGGAUUUUAAUAAGCAGUGGAAAGAGCAGUCCCUGCUUAAAAAACAAACUUAUCAGAAACUGAAGGAGGAGAGGGGGAAGAUGAAGGGACAUUACCUGGAGCAGAUGAAUCUGGAGGCUGAUGCUCAAAUCAACACCCGGUGUCUAACCACCCAACACAGCCACGAUUAUCUGGAGACAACACAGCCCACUGGAUCUGGAGAUGGCCACCAGGAAAGGCCAAGGAGGCAACAGGCAUGGGCAGAGAUCCAGGAGGGGAGUUCAGAGAACCAGCAGGAGUGGCCAGAGAACCAACAGGGGGGGCCAGACAGCCAGCAGCUAGAAGCUCCAGAAGAGGCUGAAACAUCAGAGCCAACCUCCAAGAACAAGAAAAGGCCAGGCAUCUGGAAGAGAAUUAAGAUGGGGUAAAGAAUGUUUAAACAUCUAUUCAUGUUUUACACUGUUAAUAUAUAUGUUGUCACU